AUGCCUCGACAAAAGCCAGCCGUCCUUCACAGAGAAGAAGUCACACCAAAAACAGUUGUUGUCACAACCACUCGUAGUACAACAACCACACAGCAGCAGAUUAUGGAAGAACGCAAGAGGUCCUCUCCAGUGCCUCCAUUCAGGCCUAGAAUUGCUCACAGAGAUGAAAGGCCAACUGAGGCAACCACUCACUCUCCAAGUACAAGACAGCAGCAAACUUUCGAAGAACGAAGAUGGGUCAGUUCAACUCCUUCACCAGUGAACACCUUUGUCCCAAGGCGCCUGCCGGAAGCUACCACAGAAAGGACAACCCACUUGACAAGGCCUCAGAGGACUUUCACAGAAGAAGCUACCACAGAAAGGACAACCCACUUGACAAGGCCUCAGAGGACUUUCACAGAACCUUUCACUCCAAGGCCCUCACCCAUUCGACCGCUUUUGCCAGAGAAAGCUCGUCACGAGAUUGAGGACGUUCCCAAGACGGAUCAGAUACUUGUAAAACCUUUGGAGCCGUUGAGGGAGAACAUUCAACCGCGGGUAGACCGUGUUCCGGCUGCCAGAGCCGAGGCAACAUCAGUCGCACCGAACGAAAAGCAAGAUGAACGUCUGAUUAGUGCUACCUUCAGAGAAAGCCCCAACUCUGAUCAGCUCCCUCCUACAGAAGUCCUGGAAAAAUCUCAACAACCCCGACAGCAAAGCGUCGCUACUCAUCCACAUGUUUACAAGACAAGCUCAAUCAGCAAUUACAACCCGCAACAAAACAACAAUCUGGCAGGACUCUCUCCUCCCGUCGAUCCCACCUACUUUACCUACAAUUCGCAGCACCUUGGUGGAAGGGGCAAUCGUCAAUUUGUUGCGAACAACAUGAUGUUCAACAGGCAACUGCCUCCAGCAAGAACGAACUGGAAUCAGUUCUCGGUCCCUGGUCACGGAGCGCGUGCAUGGGCACCUCAGACUUUCUCUGCCUUAGCACCUAAUCAGCAGUUUCAACCAAUACUACAAACAAAUCAGUUUGGUCAAGCUCAGCCUCAUGUGCCGCAGCUAACUAUAAGAAAUCCGUCUGAUCGUGCCGCUAACCACGCUGGUUCACAGCAGUCUCCUGGAUUGACAAACUUUACUAACAGAGGAGCUCCCCUUGCCGAAGUUAGCUUGUCCGUCACCCCUGAAAACACAGAAUGGCCAAGUGCAACUCCUUCUGUACCUCAGUCGCAUGCUGUCACUCAACAAGGUGCAAACUCAUUGGUGAAACCUGAGCACUCACCCUUAGAGCCCAACACUUUCAAUACACCAGAGGCAGUGGUGCAGCCAACGGCUCAAAGUCGAGCAACCAAUCCUUCGUCCUCUUCCACGCAACACACAGUUCCAUCCUUCGCUGCUGAACAACCUCGAGUCUUUGAUGCCAAUCUCCAAUCACCAAAGCCCUCUUUUGUCCCUCAGGAUUCUUCCAGCAGGAAAGAAACAAUGCACCAUCUUUGUUCAGGGUUCAAACUCUUCCAAGCAACUGCUGGACAAUCACUGGAACGUCCCCAAUUUCCCAUAUCACCUCAAGCUUCAGGACAACUAUCAAAUUCUCAAAGGGAACAACAAGUGAACCGCAAUUGGGCAGAGCCCUUCCAACAGAGCCCGGAGCAACAUCAACCCUUCGAUCAAAAUCGAAACGCUCACAAUGUGCCUUCCAAUAAACAAGCGGAAAUCAAAACCGUCAAGCAGCAAUCGACCCCAAAUCAUCAAAUACCUGAAGAACAGGUGGUCCAAACAGACGGACCCCAUCACAACGAAUUUCCCAAAAGAACCAUAGAGAACAACCGAAUGGUAAUAAGUUCUCGACCAAAGGUGGGUUCGCCAGUAGAGCAGAACAUAAUUGAGACAAAGAGUGAAUGGGAAAGGGUUAACGCACAACGAACCCUCACUGAACGACGAAACUUCCACAGUGAUAAGACCAAAGUAGCUGCUCUGAGCGAUGACGACGAAAGCGAGGAGUUCCCUGCAAACAUCGAUCGCAGCAGAUUUAUCUAUUACAAUGGCGAUUACUACGCACCAACUAUACCAGGAAUUCGAGUACCUCGUCCAGAUCUCGAAAACUCCCCCCAAAAUGAGCCUGUUUCCAUAUUGGAAGGACCACCCAAGAGAAUGUUCCGCGAAUUCCGACAACAUUCAAAUGAGUUCAAGAAGACAGCACCUCUCUUAAGUGGUGGACGCUUCGGCUCUGGUAAUUUUCUGAGCAUCAUGAACAAAUCGAGAUAUCUGAAAGAAGAGGGCUCUGUCAAUAAUGCGCCGCCCGUCCGUGUGCCCGACAAACGACCACGUAAGCUACAAGAACUUUCUGAACACCUCACUUCUAAUGAGUAUCCUGAGUUCCUUCGUGCACCACAGCCUAACAGCACACGCACUAGACCUAUGCACACUCUUAAUCAGGUCACUCAAGUUCACGAUUCACUAUAUGAUAAUUUUCCGAGACACAUGCAGCACAUUAACACCACACUCACUGAAUCCAUCACUAAUCAAGCACCGAACGAUCGAGCUAACCAUCCAAUGCCACUCAAUAUUCAGCCUAUUACUAGCUUUACAGGAAUUAUUUCCGAUGACGACGAAGAAGAUCUUUCCGAUGAGAUACCUCGUCGUGCCGCUGGUGUUGCACAAGCUCGCAAUCGUGAACCGAUCGGAAUCGAGCACCAUCACGCAGCUUCGCCAUCGCUGAAAACGCUCGCCCAUCCUCAAGCUGUUCAUGAAAUGCCGCAUGUUUAUGGUGAGACUAAUAAGCCACUGAAAAAGAUUGAGAUCUUGCCCAAGUCCAUCAUCACAGCCAGUGCACCCACUGUCACGGCAAACGUCACCGACAGCACUGUUCAGUCUACCACUGUCGACACGACACUCGCUAAGCACGGCGGUACCUCCGCACCAAAUGCUCUACGUUCUUCCUCUUUCGAAUUGUCUAGUUCAGAAGAAACAGCCGGCUAUGCUGUAGGACGAGAACCUGUGCCGCUUUCACCUGUCGGAAUUGGUCGCAAUAUGGAACGGCUCGAUAUUGACGGGCUAGAAGAGCCGACUACGAUAAUUCCGCUUUCAACGAGCACGUCGACCACAGCAGCCAAUGCUGAUUCUGCUACUUCGAGUACUGCAGCUGUGACUUCCGCUCAACAAACAUCUUCGCCGGUCUCUACUCCUAAGAUGGAAUCUAUCAAAGAGUCACCGAAAGAGCCAAGUCCCAACCACGCCGGUUUCCGCGACCCAAGCCCCAACAACAACCCCAUCGACGACAGCAGCAGCGACUUCGCAACCCUCAACGACGACUCCUUCACCAUCAACUCCUUCAACAUCAGCUCCUCCAGCAUCAACUUCUACUACACCAGCACCAACGACGCAGAGACAAACGGUACAACCGUCGACAACACAAUCGACGUCCACUUCAGUACCUGUGACCACCAGAACUUCUCCAAGUGGAACAUCGGCAACAGCUCGCCCUGUGCAGGUAACGACGACGUCGCCGAGAGUACAAACUGA